AUGUCUGGAAGAGAAUUCGAUUUGGUACUCUAUGGAGCCACAGGGUUCACCGGACUCCGUACAUGCCAGUACUUGGCGCGCAACUACAAACAAGGCGUGCGCUGGGCCAUUGCCGGCCGGAGUGCUUCCAAACUGGAGGAGGUCCGCGAGAAGCUCGUCAACAUCGAUCCUGGUCUCUCGACACUGUCCAUUAUCCAGGCAGAUGCAUCCAGCCCAGAGUCGCUUGAGGCCAUGGCCGCACGUACAAAGGUCGUCAUCAGCACUGUCGGCCCCUUCCUGAAACAUGGAGAGCCUUUGGUCGCUGCAUGUGUCAAGCAGGGAACUCAUUAUGUCGAUUCCACGGGAGAAACGCCAUUUGUUCUCGACAUUAUCCGAAAGUACCAUAAGGAGGCACGCGACAAGAACAUCAUCCUGGUUCCCGAAUGUGGUUUUGACUCUGUGCCAUCUGAACUCGGCACCAAGAUGGUUGUCGACUUUCUACGCAAGGAAUACAAUCUCCCUACAAAGUCUGUUAAGCUCUCGGUCACGAAGCUGCGCGGUGCCGUCUCGGGAGGUACGUUGGCUUCGAUAUGCGAGGUCAUGGAGGGCAAGGAGGGUGGGAUGAAGGACACGCUGGACCAGAAUCAACUCGUUCCCGAGGACGUCGCCUCCAAGGUGGUCCCCGCCAGGAUCACCCUGCCCUCCGUCUUUUACGAUCACGAUUUCAAGGCAUGGCAGGCCUUCUUCAUCAUGUCUUUUGCGAACGAAAAGAUCGUCAAGCGUAGUCAUGGUCUCGCCGUCGAGGCCGAUGGUGUCGGAUAUGGCCCCGAGUUCACAUACAGGGAAUCCAUGUCAGCACCUGGCUUUUUCACCGCAGCGCUCGCGUCACUUGGUAUGGGUCUCGGCGGUGCCGCUUUGUCCGUUGGUCCGCUUCGCCGCUUCAUUCAGAAUCGUAUCCUCCCAGCUCCAGGUACCGGUCCCUCGGACGAGAGCAUCACCCAGGGCCAUUUUACCGUGAAGAUCAUUGGCGAGAGCAGCCUUCCCGAGAACGUCCCCGCCGAUGCCUCCGCCGAUGCACUCAAGCCCAUCAAGGCCAUCGCGACCAUCCAAGGAGGCGAACCCGGUUACUCGGAGACCUGUAGGUAUCUGGUCGAAGGUGCUCUGUGUCUUGUCCAGAACGAAGAUCGCGUCAGGAACGAGAACAAGAUCACAGGAGGCGUUCUCACGCCCGCCUACGCCUUUGGACAUAUCCUCAUCGAUCGCCUUCGCGCCCAGAACGUCAAUCUCACCGUCUCCAAGCUGUAG